AUGGGUGGCGAGAUGUGUUCCAUGUUAAGAGAGAAGACUCCUAACCUGCUUAAUUACCCAACGGAAGCCUCGCUCGAGCCGUCUUUCGUACCUGCCACCCACUUCCAACGCCCCUACCUAGGAUCCCACGCCAAGUUCGAAGUUAGCACGUCCAAGUUGGUCACCCCUCAGAUGAUGAAUUCUCGGCCUCCGCCGGAUCUGCGUUCGCUGGACAUGACGGUGUUACGAUCCAAUCAAGGAUCACUUAUACGGCCUUCUCAGGCCUCUUUAGAUACUGGCUCUUCAGCAAGCAACAGCUUAUACAAUCGACCAGUACCUUUCGGCUACUACUACCGUUGUUCUUAUUUCCCAGCAAUAUACUCCUGUGCUUGUAACGGUUCGUCACAGACGGAUGGCAAGGAAAUCCAAGGAGAGAUACAGUCGGCACCAGGUGAUGGGUGCGAUUUUGGUGAGAUCCUGAACAGGGCAAUGAACAGGGCAUCUGGACGCCUCAUCGCGCUUCUCCAGGAGGAGCUGGAGAGGUUAAGCAGCGAGAACGAACUCAUCGGGGAUAUCGAAGAGACGGAUAAGGCACUAUCGAACCUCAAUCUCGACAAUAGGAAGUCCGGAAGACAACAGCUCCACCCUGCCUUGUCGUCGUUAUAUCUGGUAACUCCCUUGCUGCUCGGUUUCUUAUUUGGUUGUAUCGUUUGGCCAAACGAUGAAGAACUCACAACCCUCAAGGAACAAUACGAGGCCCUGAGAGACGACUACGACUUCGUCACCAGCAUGUUCAAAAGAGGCCUUCAAGCCUCCCAGGACCAGGUUGCCCAGUUCGAACAGCAGGUCCAGCAGGCUAGUGCCAGAUUCGCGUCCAAAGUUUGGGCCGCUAUUGCCAAGUACGGCAAGCAGGACGCUGAACGACAGAAGGCCAUCGACCACCUCCAGGAAUCUCCAUACGCCAUCAUGUGA